GUCUGUUGUGCAGGUUCUUACCGGAGUGAUGAUUUCAGUGAUGACUACAAGGACCAGCGCUCUCAAAGUAACUUGUAUUCUGGAACAACAACAUGUGGUGGCAGCAUGACAGGGACUGCACUUAGGAAGGCACCAUUAGCUCCUACUCUGCAUCCACACCCACAAAACCAAGGCCAGCAGCAUCAUCAACAGCCACAUCUCCCACUUUCAUCCCUGUUGGAGGAUUCUGAAGAUGAUGUCACUAGCUCUGUCAACAGUGCCAUUUCUGCUAUCACCGCUGCAGCUGCAAAUUGUAUGAGUGGUGAUCUUGCCCACAGUGGAGGUAGAGGGGAUGAUCGAAGGGAUAUCAUUGGUGGAUUGCUUGGAGGUCUGGGUCUAGGACCUCUUGCCUCACCUAGUGGUCCGUUAUCAACAUCUGUCAUGGAAAAGUCCUUUAGAGGAACUAUUAACCCAAGUGCAUUGUCCCUCAACCAGCAACCAAAUCAGCAGACACCCGGUGGAAAGCCCAAGCGCCCUCGUAAGCCCCGCAAGAAGAAGGAACCUGGUGUGGUUGGUGUUGAGCCCCCUAAAAGAAGGCAGUCCUCUCACAGACCAGGAGGGCCCGGUGGUGAUGUUAGACCUUAUUUGUGCAGCGUCUGUGGUCGAGGAUUUGCAAGAAGAGAGACCUUGCGGAGGCAUGACAGAAUACACACUGGAGAAAAGCCUCACCAUUGUACUGUGUGCGGCAAGUACUUCAGAGAGGCAUUUCAUCUUAGCAAGCACCACACAGUGCAUUCUGGAGAGAAGAACUACAAAUGUAUCCUGUGUGGAAAGGACUUUGGAUACGCUCAGAGCCUUAAAAGACAUGGCAAGCUACACCAGAAAGGAGAAAUGGAAGAAGUGCCAACCACACCAGGUGGGGGAAACCUUAACAGCUAUCCAUCCUCUGGUGGCAGCUUGAUUCAAGGGGGUCAAAGCGGCUCUUCUUCUUUCUAUUCAUAUACUCAAGAUGUCAAACCACAGACAUCAACCACUCAGCCCCCUCCUAGACUGUACACAUGUGCGAUAUGCUGGAAAUCGUUCCGCCAUCACUUUCACUUGACGGCACAUCACCAAACUGUUCAUGAGGGUGGUGGAGAAAAGCUGUUUUCUUGUGAAGUGUGUGGUAAGGCAUUUGCAUACUCUAACAGCCUUACACGACACAGGCUUUCUCAGCAUGGCUUAACACGGACUGGCCAGCCAGUUGCUCAAAGGAGCACAGGGGAAGAUAACAAUGUUGGUGUUACAAUAUCGGAAAGCGAAGCUGCUACAAAUGCUUUGCUCCAGCUCGCGCCACCUAGUGGCACACAUGCUGAACAACAUGGAGUUCUUCAUAGCCAGCAGGCUCCUCCCCAAACACAAGCUGGCUACUCCCCUCUGUUCUAUUUACCCGAUACCAAUGCUGCACACCCUUCUUUAUCUAAUGCCUCCUCUUAUUCUCAUUCUCUGCCGUCAACUUCCUCAGGGCCUCUUCUUUGUAACCAUCAGCAACAACACACUGGGAUAAAGGGUGAACCCAUAUAUCACACUGGUCAUGUGCAUACUCUUACUCCAAACAUACCAGUGCAUUCCCUCGCGUUGCCUCCAUCAGAGCCACAUCAGCAACACCACAAUUCCCUGCAGCAUUCAGCUGAGUUUCAAUCUACUCAACACCACACUUUUCAAAGCCAAGAGGAGUUGAGGAGACGGAAGAAAAAAAAAAAAAGACGGCAAGAGAGAGAGGAGAUAGGCUACAAAUGGACCCCGGCUGCAAAAGUAGAGAGAGAACAGGUGGAGGCCUCCCUUGGGGAAAAGCAGAGAAAUGAGAGAAGAAAACUUGUUAAAAGAAAAAGGAGAGCAAUUCACGGGACGCAACAUAAAAUUAAGAAGCGCAUGGCUGUGCUCGUGAGAAUCAGACGUGGAAGUGGAGGAAGUGCUGUGUAUGAACUGGGCCUUCCAGGUGGACUGAAGCUUAACAGGCUUCGUUCUCUCAAAGUUCCUCUGAAACGAAAGUCCUGUCCCCUUUGCCUUGGUGCUACCUUCUCUCAACAGGUAGCCCUUAAAGUUCACAUAGCAGCUAGACAUUGUCCCAAAGUGAGAGGCCUUCAGCAUCGUUUGAAAUGUCCGGUUUGUGGAAAACAGUCUCGCAAGUUCCUCUCAGCUCUCAUUCACAGAAGCUCCCAUUUAGCCAACAGAGCGUUUUCUUGUAAACAUUGUCCCUGUCGUUUCUGGAAUGCAAUGCUCCUCACACGGCAUAAGAAGGUGUGUCGUGGCACGUUGGCUAAAUUUCAACGAGAUAGGGCUCUUUGUGUUAAAUUAGUCAUGGGAUCAACAUACAGGAGGUUUGAGUGUAAAGGGAACUCUUCAUCCUUGCAUAUGGAAUAUAGUCACUAAGUUUUGCCAUUAAACUCAUUUUCAUAUGCACUUUUAGAAGAGAAGUGUUGCGAUUUUUCAUGAGAAGAACUGAGAUAUCGGACUGAAUACAUCUUAUGCUCAUGUAGGCAUUGACUUGUGUGUUAUGAGAGCUUUUUCUUUUCACUCUCAUUCAUAUUAAAUUUCCUCUUGUAACUUGGACCCCUGAAAAUGAACACCUUCAACAAACUCACAAAUGUAUCAAAGACAUUUGUCUUAAUGAAAUGCUUAGCCUACCCAUCUAUUCAAUACCACACCGGUCUUCUAAGAGGAAACUCUUGUUCAUAUUGAAAUUAUCCUUGGCUGGCAAUAGAUGAAGUUUCAGUGAUUUGGCGAAUAUUGUAUUGUGCCCUAACAGUAGGUUAUUGCUCACCUCAACAGAUGCUCUGUAGAAUUAUCCUGUCUCUGAUAUAUAUUGUGUUGUUGGUGUUCACUUAGAGCAAGUGUGGAGAUGUGAUUUUGUUAAUGUAAAAAGUGCAUUCAGUAUCAGGAGAAAAAAGGGUCCUGCUAGGAAGAUGAGUAUUUUAUUUUAAGGAGUAUUUAAAUUACUGCAUGUUGGACAUUACUUGUCCAUGUGUUGAAAGGUCAACGCGAGUGAUGAGACUUUUUUACUCUGAUGGUUACAUGACAAAUCCAAUUGAAAAUGUAUCUUAACUCUUAAUAGAGGAACCAUAAGAAAUUAAUGCAUAAUACAUGCCGAUUAACAAUUCUUAAAAUCAAUUUUGAGCCCUGUUUUGAUUUAUUUACUGUUCUUAAAGAAAACUAUACCAUUAAGAUGGUAAUGCCAGCACUUAAACAGGAAAAAUAUGAUUUUUCACAUAACCAUAAAGGACAAAAAAAUGUAAUGCCCACCGAUUAUUGCCCUAAAGGCAAAAGCCUUAGCAAAUUGUGACCGUUAAAACAACACAUUUUAUGGGUAAUACAAUGUAGCGUCUAUGUAUAAAGCUUACUGGAGGAAUGGAAAGAAAUAUGUGUACUGUAAUGUAAAUUGUGUCAAUAUUUUAUUAUGUUUUUUAAGCAAAAGUCAAUCUUUUUAUCAUAGCUACACUUCAGGUAGUUGGAAGAGUGAUUGUAAGAGUUAUCACUUUAGAUCAGGUCUUGAUUAAGUGUAUUAAUGUGUGACACAGUCUGUCCACUUGCCAACUAUGAACGUAUCCCAUGUACUUUUCUCACCUUUCAUGUAGAGAUCCCAUACUACUUAUAGCCUCGUUUUCUUUAAAAGAAGAAAAGUAAUAAGUAUGUUUCUAUCACUUUAUUUACACAUGAUAAGCUGGUUGUUGAUGAUACCUAAGCAUUUAAUAAAAUUUUAAAAUGUUA